AUGAAGUGGAUUGAAUAUUCUUUUAUAUGUCUUAUAAUUUUUUCAAAUUGUAUUUUUUCUAUGGAUUUGGAAAGACAUAUUUUUUAUAGAGGGUCAGAAUUUCGUCCAAGAAAUCAUUUGAUUUAUAAAAGUUUGAAAAAGGAUUUUUAUAAUGAAAUAUCAGAAGAAUAUCUAUUAGAAUCAUCAUCAUCGGAAUGGAAUUCUUUAAAAGGUUGUCAAGAUAUGAUUGUAUGUAAAGUACAUGUGGAAGGAACAGAGGUAGUGGUUCUUAGAGUUAUUGGAAAAGAAUCUUUAGAUGAUACACAUAUAGAAAAUACAUCUGAAAAUUCUGGUGAAAAGGAAUUUACCGAAUUUCCGACAAUGGAAGAUUUUAAUUCUGAUGAAACUCAAGAAGGGAAUUUGAUUGAUCAUUUUAUAGAUAAUUGUGAAGAAUGCGAAGAAUGUCAAGAAUGUGGUGAAUGUGAAGGAUAUGAAGGAUGCGAUGACAAUGAGUUCUAUAUUGAGGAGUCUAAUUCAUUAUCAAAUAACAUUUAA